GGAUUAAAGGCGUCCAUCACUACAGCCUGGCAGUUCUUAAAUGUUUGUACAAUUAGAAUAUAGGUCUAGACUGGGUAGGGUGAAGUUGGGAAAUGCCUGUUUACUGUGAAGAGGGAGAAUUUUAAAAUAAGAGCAUUACACCAAGAAGGCUUCAUGGAGCAGAGAUGUUAGUUCCUUUCUUAGGUGUCAGCUGCUGUAGAAACUAUUCUCGAAAUGUGGGCUCACUUUUUUUUUUUCACUUAUUUCCAGUUUUCAAAAGUUGUUGGACGUUGAAGUUUAUUUGCAUUUUUAUAUUAUAUGUGGACAACUGCUUCAUAAAAUGUUCUAAACAUUCCAAAAUGGCUGCCAGUUUCAGAGCUAGAUUCGUCUUGAUUGGGGAAGGAGUGAAGGCCCUGGUCAGGCAGGAAGAUUUAAAAUUUGAGAGUUUUGGACUAGCUAGCCCGCCUGAGCUCCAGUUUCAUAGUUCAGCUCCCUUGUGUGUGUCGUCAGAGGAGUAGCAAGUAUUUCACCCGAGUCAGGCUUCUGAACGUGAGGUUACCUCUUUCUCAUGCGUUCCCCUCCUUACAAUGGCUUGAAACGGCUACUUGGGAUUUUUUUCCCCUAGUAUAUUGUUGGCUCCUUUUGAUUGUUUUCAUUCAUCUUGUCCUUGCAAUUCUUCUGUUUCUUCCUUGGUUUAGGUUUUCUUACUACAGCGCUUGAUACAGCCACAAUGCCACCAGCUACAUCUCACCAGUUCACUGGCGUAGGAAGAAGUUAGAUGGGGGAGUUGGUUCUGUUCAGUUGAACCCAUAUACCAGCCCAGAAGCAGAACAUGUUAGGUCUGAUUUAAUUCAUACAUUUACUGUGUGAGAAAGGCACUUUAAUUAACAUAUGUGAGGAAACCAAGGCUGUGGGUUUUCCGGGGCCAACAGUAAGAAGUUGGCCUGGGAUUUCAAAGCUUCAAACUGUUGACCAGAAAAGCCUUGAUGUGAGUCACCCCUUUGCACUGAUGUUCAAGCCGGUGGAGUCCAUCACACAGAGGAACCAGGCCGAACAGCGAGUAGUGCAGGGACCUCUUCAUGCAGGGUGUUCUUUUGCAGGAUGCAAACUAGCCAUGGGACAAAUUGGAGUAAUGAUCAGGGACUUUGUUGCUUAUUAGAGUGAUCUAAAGGGAUUUUAAAAUUAGGGGCAUUCCUAAUCUGGCUCUUUUAUAUUAGCUGAAGCAAGGCUCCUGGGAAUGGGCCCAGGGAUAGUUAGUAUGCUUAAAAUGCUGUCUAACUGAUUCUGCUUUACAGAGUUGAGAAUGAACAGUCUGAAUCUUAGGGCGUGUGAGAAUGGGGACAGAGGAGAGCAAAGCAAUGGAAGGCAAUACAGAAAACGUUAGCGCGAUGGCCUCCAUCUGGCCUUGGGUGUUUCUGAAGUCAUCUGUUCUGUCAGUGACUGGGCAGUUGAAGUUGAAGCUUGCUGUUGAAGAUGGCAGACCCAGAUGUCCUCACCGAGGUUCCAGCAGCAUUGAAACGGCUAGCCAAGUAUGUCAUCCGGGGCUUCUACGGCAUUGAGCACGUGUUGGCUUUGGACAUCUUGAUCCGCAACCCCUGUGUGAAAGAAGAGGACAUGCUGGAGCUGCUCAAGUUUGAUCGGAAGCAGCUUCGGUCUGUUUUGAAUAACUUGAAGGGAGACAAGUUCAUCAAGUGCAGAAUGAGGGUAGAGACGGCUGCAGAUGGGAAAACCACGCGCCACAACUACUACUUCAUCAACUAUCGCACUCUUGUUAAUGUCGUCAAGUACAAACUGGACCACAUGAGGAGGAGGAUUGAGACGGAUGAGAGAAAUUCCACCAAUCGGGCCUCCUUCAAAUGUCCUGUCUGUUGCAGUACUUUCACGGACCUAGAAGCUAAUCAGCUGUUUGACCCUAUGACAGGAACUUUCCGCUGUACCUUUUGCCACACAGAGGUAGAAGAAGACGAAUCAGCAAUGCCCAAGAAAGAUGCUCGCACACUUUUGGCAAGAUUUAAUGAACAAAUUGAGCCCAUUUAUGCAUUGCUUCGGGAGACAGAGGAUGUAAACUUGGCCUAUGAGAUACUUGAGCCGGAACCCACAGAAAUCCCGGCCCUGAAGCAGAGCAAGGACCGAGCAGCCAGUACUGCUGGGGCUGCCGGCCUGGCAGGCGGGCACCACCGGGAAGCAUGGACCAGCAAAGGCCCCUCUUAUGAGGACUUAUAUACUCAGAAGUUAGUCACCAAUUUAAACAGAACACAUUGAAGUCUAUUUUUUUGUUAGUUACAGAUGAAUGCUCUUUGCAUCGUGAGGUUGUGACUUUCUGAGUUUUAACUUCCAGGUGGCAUCGAUGUGGACACAUUUCAGGAGCAUGAGGAAGCCCACGCAGGGCCUGAUGACAAUGAGGAGGUCAUGCGAGCUCUACUCAUUCAUGAGAAAAAGACUUCCUCAGCGACAGCCGGCUCUGUGGGAGCAUCCGCGCCAGUGACUGCCGCCAAUGGCAGUGACUCGGAGAGUGAGACCAGUGAGUCGGAUGACGACUCCCCGCCCCGGCCAGCAGCUGUGGCUCCCCAUCAUCGGGAUGAGGACGAGGAAGACGACGAGUUUGAGGAAGUAGCUGAUGACCCCAUUGUUAUGGUGGCUGGCUGUCCAUUCUCCUACAGUGAAGUUAGCCAGCGUCCAGAGCUGGUAGCCCAGAUGACGCCAGAGGAAAAGGAGGCAUACAUAGUCAUGGGUCAGUGGAUGUUUGAGGACCUCUUUGAGUGAGCUUUCCUGCUCUCUCCUCUGUUAGCUCAUUUCAGAGAGAAACUCCCCACAAGUGCUUAAGUGGCUUCAUGCCCUCCUGAUGUAAAGCGCCUGUUAAUCUAGUACAAAAGCAUAACAGGAGAGAAAGGUUGAUUUUUAGUUUUUCUAAAUGCCAGAAACUUCCAAGACAGGUAGGUGGGCUAUGAGUAUUCCCUUCCCUCUUAUUACUCAAGUAUUAAUAUUUUUCCAUAAUUCCUUAUCUUCAUUUUUAGGACAUAUUUUUCUCACUCAGACUAAAAUGUUCCUGUUUACCUACAGACCCCUCUUAGGAUAAUCUUAUCCUAAUAUAACUGUUUCCUGGUCAAGCAUUUGAAACAAUUCCUUGUAGUUCUGCAACCAAAGCAGCUUACCAAGAAAAGAUUGCUGCUUAGGGAAACCCCAAAUACUUCAUAUUUCCUCCAGUUUGAGUUUGGGGUCAACCUGUAAAAGGGGUGAGAGAGUACAGAAGAGAGAAAGAGAAGUUAGAGGAGAGAACGCACACAUGUCCAGGGUUACAGAGAGCAGCAGGUAGCCAUGCUCUCCUGGAGAAGUCAGAGGAGAGCGAGCACGCACAAGGGUAAGGAGGCUGCAUCCAGGAUUGAAGAACUGAGAGCGUGGGGACAGCGCCUUACAACUGCUCCAGUAUGAUUUGUACAUCUCCAUGUUUAGCUGAGCCUGGUCUCACUUCCCUCCUGUUCUCUAGGCCUUUGCCAGUGCUCUUGAUUAGGGAGCUGUUCCAGUAGAAAGCAGUAGAAUGGCUGAUACGCUGCCCUCCCUCACUCUUCUCUACACCAUCAAAGCCUGUGUCUCUCCUUUGAGUCUUACAGACAUCGUAUCCUAGUGCUGCCCCUGUGCCACUGAGCAUUGUGACCUCAAGGAACAUAGGCCUGUUAGCAUGGGGUUAUUCCUCAAGGCAGAACUUCCAAAGUAAAGGACUCUCAUAAGGUCUACAACAGUUACAUCUGAUAGUAUUUCCCCUUGCAUUGUGACUUUUAAUUAUUGUUUUGUAGUAUAUGUGUGAAGUGAAGAGCAUUUUAGACUAUCUGAGCCUUGUAUAAAGUGAUGAUUCAUUUACCUGGUUGUUGGAUGACUGAAUAUUGAGUCGACUUAUUAUUGUUUAAAAUUUGUUCAUUUCUAGCUCUGACAUUUUGGAACAUAGCUAGAAUGACUCCUCUUCCCAUUUAAAGAUGUCAGAGGCUUCUGGCCAUCAUCUAAUAUCAUAGGUGCGAUUGGAUGCUAUUGCAACUCUUUUGGAAGGGGGCAAUGAAUUGCCUUAAAAUACUUUUUAUGUAUUUAUCUUAAAUACACGAAACUGCUCAACUUUUAAAUUUUGUUUUUUUAAGCUUUCAUGGUUCUAGAAAUGUUAACUUUUAAACCAUGAUUAAUGUUGAAACUAUGUUCUUUGUUGCAUUUUAUAUGAGUAUGUGUAUGAGCGUGCUUUUCUAUUGUGGAAAAUGUAUUAAUAAAGGCACUGAUUAAAGCAGUGUUCGAAUUAGACUGGAGAGAUGGUCAUACUCACUAAUACCUUCAGAGGAACAUGCACAGUAUUCAUAAGACGGCAUUAGGAAGAAAAGCUAUCCAUCCAAUAUUGUGUUUCAUGUAAAAGAAUUCUCACUUUCUGGUGCUAUUUGCAAGACGCUCUUUGCUGUUUGAUUUGACAUUUGUUUGGUCAUUUGGAUCAAACAUGAGUCAGGAUGGGUGUGGGAGUGAAAGUACUGGGAAUGGGAUCUGCAGUGAUCUCUGUGUUACACUAUAGAAGAGAUUCCCAUUUUGGAAAUUAGCACGUGAAUAAUGGAUUAUAUGUAGAAAUGGCAAACUAUAUGUGUAAUGACAAAGGCAAACUCUAUGUUAAUGCUAAGAUUUUUAGGGGUGUUCUUUUUCUCAUGUUUAUUUCCCAGGUUAAUCAAGUUAAAAUAG